UCUGACUUUUGUGGGACCGGGACGUCGUUCGAACCAUGGCCAAGUAUAUUGUGCAAAUAAUAAUCAUCGGUUCUCAAAUAGUCGGCAAGGCSCUGACCAAAGCUCUCAAACAAGAAUACGCCGCAAGCCAGGAGGCAGCUCGCAGGGCCGGUGGAGGACGUGCCGGCGCAGCGCACGCUGCUGCUAAUGCCAAGGCUGGCAUCACGUUGGAGGAGGCCAAACAGAUAUUAAACGUCAAAGAUAUGACACAAGAUGAAAUCCAGAAACGAUACGAGUAUUUAUUCAAAAUAAAUGACAAAUCUGUAGGUGGUUCAUUUUACUUGCAGUCAAAAAUAUACAGAGCUAAAGAACGGCUAGACAAAGAAAUUUCUGAUAAGAGUGAAAAGGCGUAGAUAAUCUAGAGUAGGUAACUGAUAUGUUAUUUUUAUGUGUUAAUAAGCAUGUAUAAAAUUGUUGUAAUAAAAUAAAAUGAAUAAAACAAAAACAAUUUUUUUUUUAAUUUAAAAAUGUAGUCAAUUGUAUCAAAAUAUAUAAUUAUAGUGCUAAAGCAAAACUGAAAAUGUUAAGUGUUUUUUGUAAUAUUAUGUCAGGUCUGCAGGGUGGUGUACAAAAACAUUUGUUAGAUGUUAAUUAGGAUAGGAUUGGAUUUAAAGUAUAUAUUGAAUUUGAAAUAUUAUUACCAGGAACGGCGCUAGGAUUUGCGGAGCCCCGGGCAAAAUAAAUAACAGUCACAUUACAUAUUAUCCAAACUAACUAAUCUCUGAACAGUAUAAAAUAUMAUUUAAGAACUGCGGGRUAUUGAUUAUAAUUUUAAAAUCGCGGGGCCCAGGGCAACUGCCCCGAUUGCCCCCCUCGCUCCGUCCCUGAUUAUUACCCAGCCAGUGUUACAGYAUUUUGUAUUGAACUCUGAUUAUCAUAUACAACAGGUAAUACAUUCUUAGAUCUAUUGAGAGGUAAGUUUUAAAAGAAAGGUAGAUUGUUAAAUCUAGCAGUGGAUCAUAGUUAUUAGUUAGAAGGGAAAAGUUCUUGAUCAUUUUAUGUGGAUGAUUAAAGUUAUUACUGUGUUCUGAAAUAUUUCAUAAAAAUAUAUGAGAGAAUAAUUUACAUUUCUAAUUUAUCAAAAAAUAACAAAAAUGUAUGAUGUAUAAAUAUAAGCAGUUACUUACAGCUAUAAGGAUAUUAUAAUCUCCUUAAAUCAACUAUAUACAAAAAUCCUAAAAAAGGAAUGGACAUUAGUUUGCUAUAUUUGUUUAAUACUAACUUGAUUCUAAAAAUGUUAACUUGUGAU